AUGUGGUACGGUCAUUCUGUGUUUCUGAGGCUAGUUCCUGAUUGCGAUGACGAAUACCCUGAUGACGUUGGUGAGCCUUCAGCUGCGUGUACUGAUCCUUCAGCUUCCUCAAGAACACACGAACCACAUAUUGGUGACCAUGGCGAGCAAGAUGCCGUUCUCCCGAAGAAGAGAUCACCAGUGCAUCCGAGGACGGUGCACGGUCAGGAGAGGCCGUAUAAGUAUGUAUAUUGCGAUGACGAAUACCCUGAUGACGUAGGUGAGCCUUCAGCUGCGUGUACUGAUCCUUCAGCUUCCUCAAGAACACACGAACCACACAUUUGUGACCAUGGCGAGCAAGAUGCCGUUCUCCCGAAGAAGAGAUCACCAGUGCAUCCGAGGACGGUGCACGGUCAGGAGAGGCCGUAUAAGUAUGUAUGGACUGCCAAUGUAGUGCGGUCAUGGUGUGUUCCUGAGGCCAGCAACCUUGAGAAGCGGGCCUCGGCAGACGUGCAUCCUGUGCGCGUGGCGGGCGCUGACCCGGAAGAUGUGUUCUUUGAAUACAUAUCAGGCGCAGUCCUGGUUCACAUUGCUAACGAGGGAACUUUUCCAAGUUCAAAUUGCGAUGACGAAUACCCUGAUGACGUAGGUGAGCCUUCAGCUGCGUGUACUGAUCCUUCAGCUUCCUCAAGAACACACGAACCACACAUUUGUGACCAUGGCGAGCAAGAUGCCGUUCUCCCGAAGAAGAGAUCACCAGUUUAUCCGCGGAUGGUGCACGGUCAGGAGAGGCCGUAUAAGUAUGUAUGGACUGCCAAUGUAGUGCGGUCAUGGUGUGGUCCUGAGGUCAGCAACCUUGAGAAGCGGGCCUCGGCAGACGUGCAUCCUGUGCGCGUAGCGGACGCUGUCCCGGAAGAUGUGUUCUUUGAACUUAUAUCAGGCGCAGUCCUGGUUCACAUUGCUAACGAGGGCACUUUUCCAAGUUCAAAUUGCGAUGACGAAUACCCCGAUGAGGUUGGUGAGCCUUCAGCUGCGUGUACUGAUCCUUCUGCUUCCUCAAGAAUACACGAACCACAUAUUGGUGACUAUGGCGAGCAAGAUGCCGUCCUCCCGAAGAAGAGAUUACCAGUUUAUCCGAGGACAGUGCACGGUCAGGAGAGGCCGUAUAAGUAUGUAUCAGAAAUCAUAGUGGGUGGUUUCGAUCCCCACCCGCCUUCUAUAAAAGAAAGGCCUCAGUGUGCCACGGGCUCUGUUGCUGCUCGGACGUUGACAAGAAAGGUGGUUGGUGUCGACGCCGCAUACUGUCGAAAGAGAAAAACUACACGUUUGCAAGAUCGCUACAUCGUCAACUGUGCAUUACGUAACCGCACCACAACUGCAAGAGAUCUACAAAAUACACUAAGGACGGCUACUGGUGUAGAAAUUUCCGACCAGACGGUAAGAAAUAGGUUGUUGGAAGCCAAUUUGAGAUCACGCCGACCAGUUCGGGCUGUGCGUCUAACAAUUCAACAUAGACAAGCUCGCCGACAGUUCGCGCAAAAUCACGCUAAUUGGCAACUUCGACAUUGGAGGCCAGUGCUUUUUACUGACGAAUCACGAUUCCGUCUAACACGUUGCGAUGGUCGUCUCCGUGUUUACAGACGCCCAGGCGAGCGAUACAGUGCAGCAGCAGUCCAGGAAUAUGACAAAUUUGGAUGUGGUUCUGUGAUAGUUUGGGGCGGAGUUAGUUUAGACGAGCGCACAGAUCUCGUCGUUGUUCCCGGGCGCUUGUGUGCUCAAACUUACAUUGAAAAUGUGCUCGAAGAUCAUGUUUGGCCCGCAGCAUGUAUGUAUGGUAUGGGCCCAGAUUUUCUUUUAAUGCAAGAUAAUGCCAGGCCGCAUACUGCAGCCAUCACGUCAGAUUACUUACGACAGCAGGAAAUCCGUGUAAUGGAGUGGCCUUCCAUUAGCCCUGACCUAAAUCCAAUUGAACACAUUUGGGACUUGCUUGACAGGCGCAUCCGGAAGCGUCCGAUUGCACCUCAAACACUGCAGCAGCUCACUGAAGCGUUGAUUGAAGAAUGGGAGCGAAUUCCACAAGAAGAUAUUCGGAGGAUCAUACGAAGCAUGCCGCGUCGUUGUCAAGCCGUGAUAAGGGCUCAUGGAGGCCACACACGUUACUGA